AUGUCUUGAAUCUCAGAUCUCUGCUCUGAAUUCGCCCAUUGGGUGUGUAGCACUAAAGUCUACUCCACCGAUUAUGAACAUAAACAAAAAGUAAUAACCAAGCUAUCCAGAUACCUAUUCUGCUCAUGAAUCAGCCUAAUAGCAUCAAUAAUAAUUCUAACAGCGAAAUUUGGGGGCGAGCAGGAUAAUUUUGAGGUGAUAGGGAUGGGAACGUGUAUUGGAGUGUUUGGAGUUGAUGUUAUGGUGUUUUUUGUGAGGAGAUUGGUGCUGAAGUCAUCCAGAGGAGAGAGGAAUUGGAUUAGGUUGAUCCAUGCGGUGAUUCAUAUAGCGAUUUGAUGCUUAUGGGGUGCGUCGUUUGGAUUGGCAUUUGAUGAUCUGUUUUACGAGCAUCGGUAUACUAGAGUAAAGGUGUUGAUCUUCCUUACGGUUUUUGUAAUCCAGCUCGUAAGAAUUUUGCAUUAUUCUUUACUGACUCUUGUUUAUAUCAUUUUGGCUCCAUGAAUUCUUUGUACUAUUUUAAGAGAAAGAAGAGAACAAAGGAGGAGUUUCAAUUCGAUUAGAGCAAGUAGGUAUAGAGGAAGCCUUGAGAGAAGGCUCCUAGAGUUUCAACUUGAUGAGCAAGAGAAUAACUACAUCCCACUCCUAGUCAGACUUGAUGACGAAGCUGCCGAACUUCCUGCACCGCCAAGAGAGUACCUUGGCUGGGGCAGAAGAAGUUUCUUAGAGUUCUUAAGAGACAAUGGGUUUUUCGAGAAUAAUGAAGAAGAGAUACCUCUAGAGAAAUUGAAGAGGUUUAGGUAUGAAGAGCUGAAAGAGGAGUUGGAUUAUGAGGAGUGAUCGAUAUGUAUCUGAGCGUUUUCGGAGGUGCCAGAUGAGUUGUUGAUUGUGCUGCCUUGUAAUGUAGGGGAGGAUAGGAAGGAUAAAAUGCAUGUGUUUCAUGAGGAGUGUAUUUUGGAGUGGAUUAAGAAGCAUAGGAAGUGUCCUCUCUGUCGUGCAGAUAUUACGAAAGAGGUUAUCAUGAGGUAUAACCCUGAUGAGUAAAUGGAAAUUGGUUAAUAAUUUUGAAAAGGUAAAUACUCUUCAAUU